AUGGCAGCCGCCGGGGACCCCAAGGGGUGGACUGGAUGGGGCUUCAGGAAGUGGAAGGCAGGCUGGAGGCGCCUGUGGCGCUCCGAGGAAGAGCCAAGCAAGCCCCAAGACGACGACGGGGCUCCUUUGAUUCAAAGGCUAGCCCUCCAGGCCAGCCUCACCUUCCCCGGCCCCGGGGACCCCGGCGACCUUGAGGCGACCUCUGGCUUCAGGGAGAACCUGGGCCGUCUGCAGAGCCUGCUGGGCCAGGUGCGGGCCCGGGACCUCCGGCUGGCCCCGCGCAGGGCCUCCCGGCGGGCGCCCUUCACCUACAUGCGCAUCUGCGAGACCCCGGCCUUCAGCCUGGGCGUGUUCCUGCUGCGGGCCAGCGCCCGCAUCCCGCUGCACGACCACCCGGGCAUGCACGGCCUGCUGCGGGUGCUCUACGGCACCGUGCGCAUCCGCUGCCUGGACCGGCUGGAGCCGGGCGGCGGGCCGGGCCCGGGGGCGCUGCGGCAGCAGGCCCCGCCGCCGGGGACCCCCGAGGGGGCCACCCCGCGGCCUGGGGUCCUGCGCUCCGAGGCCGAGUACACCGAGGCCAGCGCCCCCUGCGUCCUCAGCCCGAGCCAGGACAACUUGCAUCAGAUCCUGGCGGUUCGGGGCCCAGCUGCCUUCCUGGACAUCCUGGCUCCGCCCUACGACCCCACCCUCGGCCGGGAAUGCCACUAUUACCAAAUGCUGGAGCACCUUCCCCUGGGGCCGGAAGAAGCCCAAGGAGGCGCCACCUGUGACCUUCCCCGAGCCGUUUGGCUCUUGGAGACACCGGAGGCAGAUGACUUCUGGGGUGAAGAAGAAUCAUACCCAGGGCCCAAAGUGCUCCUGUGA